CGUGGGGCUGGUCGCGGUGUUGCCAUGGGGCCGGUCGCGGUGUCACGGUGUUGGUGUGGGGCCGGUCGCGGUGUCACGGGGUUGUCACGGUGUUGUCAUGGGGCCAGUCAUGGUGUUGUCACGGUGUUGGCGUGGGGCUGGACGCGGUGUCAUGGUAUUGUCACGGUGUUGUCACGGGGCCGGUCAUGGUGUCACGGUGUUGGCAUGGGGCCGGUCGUGAUGUCACGGUGUUGGUGUGGGGCCGGUCGCGGUGUCACGGUGUUGUCACAGUGUUGUCAUGGGGCCGGUCAUGGUGUUGUCACGGGUCCGGUCGCGGUGUCACGGUGUCAUCGCGGUGUCACGGUGUCAUCGUGGUGUCACGGUGUCAUCACGGUGUUGUCACGGGUCCGGUCACGAUGUCACGGUGUCAUUGCGGUGUUGUCACGGGUCCAGUUGCGGUGUCACGGUGUCAUCACGGUGUCACGGUGUCACCGUGGUGUCAUCACGGUGUUGUCACGGGUCCGGUCGCGGUGUCACAGUGUCAUCACGGUGUCACGGUGUCAUCGCGGUGUCACAGUGUCACGGUGUCAUCACGGUGUUGUCACGGGUCCGGUCGCGGUGUCACGGUGUCAUCACGGUGUCACUGUGGUGUCGUCGCGGUGUUGUCACGGGGCCGGUCGUGGUGUCACCGCGGUGUCACGGUGUCAUCGCGGUGUCACGGUGUCAUCGCGGUGUUGUCACGGGUCCGGUCACGGUGUCACGGUGUCAUCGCGGUGUCAUCAGUGUCACGGGUCCGGUCGCGGUGUCACAGUGUCGUCGUGGUGUCACGGUGUCAUCGUGGUGUCGUCACGGUGUCAUCACGGUGUCAUCACGGUGUCACGGGUCCGGUCACGAUGUCACGGUGUCAUCAUGGUGUCACGGUGUCAUCGUGUUGUCACGGUGUCAUCACGGUGUCACGGGUCCGGUCGCAGUGUCAUCGCGGUGUCACGGUAUCAUCACAGUGUCACGGUGUCAUCGCGGUGUCAUCAUGGUGUCAUCACGGUGUCACCGCAGUGUCACCAUGGUGUCAUCACGGUGUUGUCACGGGUACCGGUCGCGGUGUCACGGUGUCACCGCGGUGUCACCGCGGUGUCGUCACGGUGUUGUCACGGUGUAAUUGCGGUGUCACGGUGUCAUCGCGGUGUCACCGCGGUGUCGUCACGGUGUCGCGGCCGCGGGCUCGUUCCUGUAGAGCGGCGCUCCCGCCAACAAUGGGAUCCCGGUUCCUCUCGUGUCCCCGCGUGGUGCUGAACCCAC